UUUCCGGUAGGGCCACAGCCAGAGAGCGUGAGCGGUGGUCUUUUCAUCUCCCUGAAGCGCUGAAUCUGCUGGCGAUCAACAUGAUUUUAAGACCACUCUAGCGGCUGUAUUUUCUCACUCUUUCUUCAGCAUACAACCUCUGAACCCUGAGUAAACCGAGAGGAGAUGCAUAAACGUGGAUACAUUGUCCGGACACCGUAAGAGGAGGAGAGGAGCAUGUAACCGGGAGAAACACACCGGCGGCGGCUGCGGCACCACCUGACACUCUCGUGCUCCUUGUUCUCUCAUAAUUUGAGGCUUCUCGAUGUUUUGACUGAACUCUUCUCGUCUUUUUGGAUAUUAUCUUCAGCAAAAUGAGCGAAGAGGUGUCUGAGGUCCCCAAAGAGCUUCUGGAGAGUGUGAGGGAUGCAGUGGGGAGGAAGGUGAAGCUGUCGCUGAGGAGGAGAGUCAAACUGGAGAUCAAAGGAGACAAGACGGAGAACAGAGUCUUGGCCCUUGCGUCUCACCGAGCCUACCUCUUGACAGCACGCAUUCCCACCAAGGUGGAACACUCCUUUAAUUAUCUGGAGAUCCAGGGAAUUGCUUGUAACAAGCCCACACAGCUGUUCAUAGAGUACGAGCGUGGCUCCUUCUCUCUGAAGUUGCUCUCUACAGACGAGGUCAAUGAGGUUGUCGCUCACAUAGGAAACUGUCUGCUGAGGAUAUGUCCCAGUCUACCACCGAGUAAAGUGAUGAAGAAGCUCUGCAUGGAGCCUCCAGACAGGCUGACCUCUCUGCAGACUCUGUGGGAGAAUAACAAGCCUGCGGAGCCUGGACCUUGUGGAGGGUUUUCUCAGAUGUACAGAUGUGUCUGUGACUGGUUGGGGCUGCCUUACAAAGAAGAGGUGCAGUGGGAUGUUGACACCAUCUAUUUAACACAAGACACCAGAGAACUCAACCUGCAGGACUUCAGCCAUCUGGAGAACAGGGACCUGGUGGCUAUUAUAGCAGUGCUGGAGUUUAACCAGUGGUUCACCAAGCUCUCCACCAAGGACUACAAACUGUCUGCAGAUGUGUGUGAGCAGAUCCUUCGGGUAGUGUCUCGCUCCAGUCGACUGGAAGAGUUGGUUCUGGACAACGCAGGGCUCAAAACUGAUUUUGCCCAGAAGCUAGCUGCUGCCCUGGCUCACAACCCCAGCUCAGGACUCACCACCAUUAAUCUUGCCAACAACCCACUGGAGGACCGAGGUGUCUCCUCCCUGGGUGCUCAGUUUGCCAAACUUCGUUUGGGGCUCAAGCAUUUAAACUUCUCCAAAACCUCACUAUCACCCAAAGGGGUGAACAGCCUUUGCCAGUCACUGAGUGCCAACCCGUCCAUCCCCAGCAGCCUGGUCCAUCUGGACCUCUCAGGGAACGUCCUCCGAGGAGACGACAUGCAGCAUUUCUACCACUUCCUGGGUCAACCCAACAGCCUGGCAACCCUUGACCUCUCCAACACUGACUGCUCAUUGGACCAGGUUUGCUCGGCUCUGCUGCGAGGCUCGGCCCAGCACCUUUCUGUUCUUAACAUGUCAAAGAGCAUUUUCCCUCACAGGAAAGGCAAAGAGGUGCCUCCGUCAUUCAAGCACUUCUUCAGCAGCGCCAUGUCUCUCAGCUCCAUCAACGUGUCAGGAACCAAGCUGCCACCAGAGGCCCUCAAAGCUCUCCUGCUUGGCCUAGCCAGUAACCUCAAUCUGAAGGACGUGUCUCUAGACCUCAGCUGCUGUGAGUUGCGAUCAGGAGGUUCUCAGAUACUUGAAGGUUGUAUUGCUGAGAUCCCAAACAUCUCCAGUCUAGACAUCUCUGACAACGGUCUGGACUCAGACCUGUCCACUCUGCUGGUGUGGUUGGCCAAGAACCGAUCCAUCAGACAUCUGUCUCUGGGGAAGAACUUCAACAACAUCAAAUCCAAAAACCUCGCUCCAGUGUUGGACAGCCUAGUCCAUAUGAUUCAGGAAGAGGAGUCGCCCCUUACUUCUCUUUCUCUAGCAGACUCCAGACUGAAGAGUGAUCUUACCAUUGUUUUAAACGCUCUCGGCAGCAACUCCUCGCUCACCAGGUUAGACAUCAGCGGGAAUGCCAUGGGGGACAUGGGAGCCAAAAUGUUGGCCAAGGCUCUACAGAUCAACUCCAAACUCAGGACUGUGAUCUGGGAUAAAAACAACACCAGCCCUCAGGGUCUCCAGGAUGUAGCCGCCGCUCUAGAGAAAAACUUCACCAUUCGUUUCAUGCCCAUCCCCAUCAUCGAUGCCUCCCAGGCUCUGAAGGCCAGCCCUGAGAAAACAGAGGACGCCUUACUGAAGAUUGAGAGUUAUCUGUACAGGAACCAUGAAACCAGAAAAUACCUUCAGGAACAGGCCUACCGACUGCAGCAGGGCAUCGUGACCACAACCACACAACAGAUGAUCGACAGGAUUUGUGUGAAGGUGCAGGACCACCUGAACUCUCUGAGGAACUCUGAGACAGACGCCAUCUUGGAGGACGUCAGGUCAGCAGAGAACCUGAUCAAAGAUGCCAGGAACUCUAAAACGCUGCUCCCUCACCUCUACCACCUGGGAUCAGCUGCCAGAGAGGAGAUGAACAGCUCAUCAGCGGGACCUAUCCAGGAGAAACUGGAGUCUAUGGCUGGGGAGGUGACUAAUGUCAUGGACCAACAACUACAGACUCUUUUGGAGUCGAUGGUGGAUGCAGCAGAGUCUUUGUGUCCCCAUGUGAUGAAGAGGAGUAGUCUUCGUCCAGAGCUCAUGAAGGCCAGCUCAACCAAGAUUGUCGUACCCAAAAGCUUCGUCACCAAAACCCUCCUGGAGCAGUCUGGGGUGGAUAUCAUCAACAAGAUCAGUGAGGUGAAGCUGAGUCUGGCAUCUUUCCUGUCUGAUCGUAUUGUCGAUGAGAUUUUGGAGGCUCUCUCCACCUCCCAACUAACUCUGGCAGACCAUCUGGUGCGGCGAGGUCGUCCCUUGGUGCAGCAGGAGUCGGUGGAUCUGGACGUCCCAGAGGAGAAGAUUCCCAAACGGGCAUCAACCGAGAUACUGGAGGCUGAGAGGCUGGAGGAUCUGGAGACAUGCAUGAUGACGCCUAAAUCCAAGAGGAAGAGCAUCCACAGCAGAAUGCUUCGGCCAGUGUCUCGUGCCUUUGAAAUGGAGUUUGACUUGGACAAGGCCCUGGAGGACGUCCCUAUCCACGUGGAGGAUACUUCAACUUCAUCUCAGACUCCACCUACACCAUCUCAGGUCCUGCCAAAACUGGAGCAACGUACGCCAGGAGCAAUGGUAGACCUGCCAUCUGAGGAGGAAAAAAAGUUGCAGCACUUCACCAAAUUGCGACCCCGUCGGAACAAGAAAACACAUUCCAGCAAAAUACCUCAAAUCAACAGUACGCCAUCUCAGGAUGGGGAGCAGAACGGCCUCAUGGGAAGGGUUGAUGAAGGUGUGGAUGAAUUCUUCUCUACAAAAGUCACCAAAAUGGAUUCCAAACGUUCCAAGGGUUCAGAAACUCAGGAUGGAGAGAAGAAGAAAAGUAAAGGAGGAUUCCUCAACCUCAUCAAACGUUCCUCCAAAUCCGACAAAUCUGAUAAAUCGGACAAAGCAGAUAAAUCAGAGAAAAACCAAGCAGUCCCUCCAGCUUCAGGUACAUCCUUAGUCUCUGCAGCCUCAACGCCAGCUUCCAUCCCUGAGGAGCCCUCCUCUCCAAAGGUGGCGUUAAAGAGCCCAGCACCUGAGCCAAAGUCCAGAGACACUUCCAGCCGUUCGCAGCCCACAGACUACAGCAGCAGCUCAGACCGCUCAGAGGAGCUGAGGACGCCUGAUUCCAUAGACGAGCCCUGGGAGUGUUCAGAUGGCAGGGGCAGUCCUCAGGGUGGCAGGCGGUACCCUGGGUUGCAGAUGAUGGGCAGCGGCCUCCUGGCAGAAAUGAAGGCCAAGCAGGAGAGAAGAGCACACAAGUCUUCCAGCCCCGACAGGCCUGACAGCAAUGCGACAGCAGCCAAGCCCCAGCCCGUCAUUUCAGAAAGCAGGUCUCCCAGUGGCUCCAUUAAUAAAUCAGACCCUCCAACUGGUUCUCCAGAGAAGACCCCUCCUCGUGGCGAAACCAAGCCCGACCCAGCCCCUCGUCUCAGGGCUACGUCUUCCUCCAGUUCCCCUGGGGGAUCAGUAAGUCCAAAACCACCAGUGCCACAGGGGGCAAAGCCCGCUCUGGCUGCCCGGCCCACCAUCCCACAGAAGCCAAGGACCAGCAGUACCAGCAGGAGCAUAGAUGAGAGUUCAGAUUCCCCCAGCAGUGGCGGUGUGUCUCCCAAGGUCACAGUUCUUCCUUCCACACUGAAGAGGACGAUGUCAGAGAAAGACAAAGAGGGCCAGACUGGAGGCUCUGCCAACAAAAACACUCAGGAUGUGAGGGCGGGGUCUGUGUCAGACUCUGUUCAGCGACCCAGCGCUCUCCGUGCCAACUCCGAGGAUCAUGGCUCCUUUAAGACCAAGGACCAAUCUUCAAACCCAGACAAGGACAAGGCAGCGGGCAAGAAGUCGUCAGACUCUGGGGAGGAGGCAGACAAAGACUUUAUUUUAAUAUGAGUAAAACAAAUUUACAGCAAAAAUCUGUUGACAAGCCUCACAUUUUCCUUUAGAAAAGCGACUAAGGGGGAAUCUCAUCAAUAUGUUUUCAUUUAUAUUAGAGGUUGUACCUGUAGGUCCUGUCUGACCGCAAAGUACAAAUCAUGUUUGGUUUGCAGGAAGACCUGCUGUAGUAUCAAGUAAUACACUGUGUCAAAUUAAAAUUAGUUUGAUAAUCUAUGAAAAAAAAUUGAUAUUGACACUUUGGGGAAUAUCUCCAGUAAACUUUUCAGUCACCUAGUAAACCAAACUGUGCAAAAGUCUCCUAAGAGCUUCCUUCUCACAAACAGCCUUUUCUCCUUUUUGUCGUUCUACUCUCUGCUGUCAGGUGAAAAUCUCACACUUCUAAAUGAUGAAACUUUUCAGGAUUUGAGGAAUGAUUCCUGGGGUACACUCUGCUCAUAAAUACUGAAACCUGAAUGACACGUUUGUAAACCACUAGAAGAAAAAAAAAGAUGCUUUCAGGAACCUGCAGACUUUUAUGCAAAGCACAGAGAGAGACAGAGAGAAUGUGAAACUAUGAGUGUACAUCAAAAAUCUCUUUCUUUAACUAAUGAUCUACCGUCUUGUUCCUUUUUGUUGCAGUAGCUCCUCUCCCAGGGACCAAACAGAUGUAACAAUAAUACCAGGAUCACUGUACUGUACUUUAACUCAAACAUACGACCAGACCAGGACCCAAUGGCAUUUUAUCAUUCAAUAUAUUUGUAUAGAUUUUUCUAUAUGCUAUUUUCAGCAAGUUAUGUCAGAGGUGACUGAAUCCAUUAUGCAAUUCUUUAUUUUCUUUUUCAGGAAAAAAACAGUUUCAGCUGAGAAUCUCAGCCCACCACAAAUCAGAAACACACUUUUCAUGUAGCUUCCUAUCAGCAAAACUAAAUGUCACUCAGAGAAGACUACCUGGACUCUUGAAUGACAGCUAUAGACCAUAGCAAUCAUCCCAACCGAAAUCGUUUGUCUUCGUGUGAGAGAGUUGGAGUGACCGUAUGAAGUGUUGCUUUAAGAGGACUGUGGUACACUUAAACUUCACUGAUAACCAAUCAAUAAGGCUUCAGCACUGUUAACUAACACUGUUCUGUGCGUUUAGACACUGUGGAAAAAAUAACAUUUAUAUUAAAAUACCUUUACAAUGCA